UACUGGGGAGGUGACAGACAGAUAUAAUUAGGCCACACAAGCACAGAGCAUAGGUUUCAUCGGGAACGUUCUACGAAUAGCCUAGCAUAGCCACAAACGUGGUGGCCACGCGCCAAACCUGAAAAAGAGAGGAACCGUCCUAAAACAACAGGACACGGAUAGUUAAUCUUCGAUGGCUUCGAAGGCGAUGAGCGUGGCAGCGGUGAAGAUAGGGACGGCGGCGCGCCGCCAAGCCGUGUCGUUGACGGAUGCCGCAGCCUCGCGUAUACGGCAGCUGCUACAGCAGCGUCAGAGGCCCUUCUUGAAGCUCGGAGUCAAGGCUCGCGGCUGCAACGGCUUAUCCUACACCCUCAAUUACGCAGAUGAAAAAGGAAGGUUUGAUGAGUUGGUUGAGGAUAAGGGUGUUAAGAUAUUGAUUGAUCCAAAGGCCCUUAUGCAUGUCAUUGGAACUAAAAUGGAUUUUGUAGAUGACAAACUGAGAUCGGAAUUUAUUUUCGUCAAUCCAAAUUCUAAAGGUCAGUGUGGUUGUGGUGAAUCUUUCAUGACAACAGGCAGUAGUGGCUCUUCUAAGUCAUGAAAUGGUUAAAAUCGCUAUUAAACUUGCUGUGGAUCCUCACGUAUAAAGUAGUCCUGUCACGAAUAGAUAGACAUACAAGUACAACUAAUGGAUUUCUACAAUUCUGCCUGUUUCAACUAGGAAAACGAGAGCUUUAGGUGUUCAGAACUAAAGGAUACUGAGACUGACGUGGUCUCAGUAUACGAGUUCUCUGGAGCUGAUGCUAAUAAGGCCUAUCAUUUGUUCGGAUGAUUCUUAUUCAUCAUGUAAUUCUUUAUAUCAUGAAAAUUGUAGUUUGUAGUUUAACAAUAUCUUGGAAAUAAUUUAAGUUUAAAAUAUCAUUCAACGCAUUCAGAACUGAAGAAA